AUGUUAGAGUGUUCGGAUAAAACAGACUUAGCCAGGGAGGGUAUUAAAUUACUUCUUAAUAAUAAAUUUGAAGAAGCCGAAGAAUUAUUUAAUUCGGAUAAUGGGAACAUUCAAAUGGCUGCUGGUUAUUGCUUUUUGACAUUUAUAAAUGCAUUAAUGACUUUUGAAGAAGACAAAUUGGAAGAAUCUCUUCAAAAUUUGAAAGAUGUUGAAAAAAAAUGUUCCCAAGGUGCAGGAUGGUUGAAAUCAAUGAAGAACAAGGUUUUCAGCACUUUCAAUUACACUGAGCAAGAUGCAGCUGAAAAAUUAGAGGAACAAAUUAUAUUGGCUGAUUCUCAGGUUUGUGUUGCUUUGUUAACGUUUCUUCAGCAAGAUUUAUCAUCUUAUGUAAAAGGAGGUUGGGUGUUGAGAAAAGCUUGGAAAGUUUAUCAGCAUACAUAUACAGAAAUAUUAAUUACUAAAAGUGCAUCUGACUCACAUAUUAUGACUGAUUCUUCUAUACCUUCAAAUGAAUUAUCUGUUCCAAAUACUCCAAGUACUUCUAAUGUGACAAUCGAGCCUCAGGUUGUUGCAAGAUUAAUGGCUGCAGUGUCCUUUGGUUAUGGAAUAUUUCAAUUAUGUAUUUCUUUACUGCCAGCUUCUUUACUUAAGCUCAUACAUUUCUUGGGGUUUGAAGGAGAUAGAAAAAUUGGACUAUCAGCUUUAAUGUUUAGCAGAGAGGGUACUGAUAUGAGAGGCCCUUUAGCUUCGUUAGCUCUCUUAUGGUAUCACACAAUUGUGAGACCAUUUUUUGCACUAGAUGGAGCUAAUGUAAAAGCUGGAGUCGAAGAAGCAGAUCAGUUGAUAAAUGAGAGUCAAGCUGAAUUUGGUGAUUCUGCAUUGUUUUUAUAUUUUAAAGGAAGAGUUCAAAGACUUAAGUCUGACAUACCCCAAGCUUUGAAAUCUUAUGAAUCUGCUAUUGAAAAAUCUAAUCAGAGAGAAAUUCAACUUCUUUGCCUUCACGAAAUUGGCUGGUGCUACCUGAUUCAAUUAGACUGGGGAAAUGCUUAUCAUUGCUUUAAUCAAUUAAAAAGUAGAUCGAAAUGGUCAAGAAGUUUUUACACGUAUUUGACGGUCAUUUGCUUAGGAGCUUGCAAUGAUGUGCAGAAUGCACUCACUUUAGCUGAAGAAAUACCCAAACUUGUGGAGGAAAGUAGUGGAAGCGUACAAAUUGAAACAUUUAUAAGCAGGCGAAUAAGAAAAUUUCCGAUUACCGAUUCGAAAGUUAAAAAUAAAGGAAAAAUUGAAUUAGUUUUUGAUAAAUUAACAUGUGAAUUAUUCAUUCUUGAACUUUUGUAUUUUUGGAAUGCUCUACCGUCCUGUGACACGUCUGAAUUGUACAGAAUUGUCGAAGAGAGUCAUUCAAUGAAAAAUGAACCCAUGAUCGGGUUGUGUGAUCUCGUGGAAGGAGCUGUUCAUCUUUGUGCUUCAAAUUACGAUGAAGCAUCGAAUGCUUUUAAAAAAUGCAUAGAAAAAAGAAAAGAAAUAAAAUCGGACAACGAUAAUAAUUCGAAAGAAAAUAACGAUCAUAUAAUUGCGUUCGCCAUGUUUGAAUUGGGAACUAUUUUGAUACAAUCUACGGAGGUUUGUAAACAAAAAAAAAAAACUUGA